AAAUUCUGUAAUUCCUGAGGCGCAACUACUCACGUGCAUCAAAGCGUGCUAUGGACGUUUUCUUUGCGCUAUAGCUAGGCUUCAUACUUCUUAUCGAUUCUACCCUGCUAUCGUCCUGUCCACACGAAAACACGCACUUAGUUUGCCUAAAGAACAUGCAGUUGAAUGUUUAAGAGAAAAGAUAGGAGGCUUCGAUGUAGGAUUUGGAGAGAAGUGAGCGACUGAGACUCUAAUCUUGCAAACUAGGAAGCAGGUUUAUACAAGCGUUUUUGACCCAAGAGAAUCAGAGAUGAGCUGAAGGGUAUCAAGGGACACCUAAAGAAUGGUACGACCAGCAGAGAUGGCCUGCAAAGGCCAAAAGGGUGCAGGCAAGAAACCUAAUUCUGGCCAGAAGCCUGCUGGUGGGGCAGAAAUUAAAGUUGGAAAAGAUUCAGGUCGGGUGAAGGUUUUUGUGAGAGUUCGUCCCAUGAGAACUCAGGAGCAGAGCAGGAAAGAAGAAAGCUCGGUUGAAGUAUCCGAGCUUCAUUCAAAGAUCCAUGUGAAUGAUCCAAAACACAGCUGGGAAAAGGAUUAUCCAUUUGACCAUGUUUUUCCAUCUGGCUCAACAAAUGUGGAGGUCUGUAACACUCUUUGCAAGCCAAUAGUAGCCUCUGCUCUAAAUGGCUUCAAUGGCACGCUUAUGGCAUAUGGUCAGACAGGAUCAGGUAAGACCUACACCCUUAUGGCACCAGAUGGCAUUACAUAUGGUGUUGUUGAUAGAUGCUUCAGGAGAAUUAUGAAGGAUGAUAAGCAUGACUACAAGGUGUCAUUAUCAUAUCUACAAAUUUAUCAAGAAAAAAUCUAUGACCUGCUCAAUUCUACAAACAAGGUGGAGCUAACAAUACGUGAGCACCCGCAGAAAGGUAUCUAUGUGGAAAACCUGUCAGAAUUUGUUGUACGCUCCCCAAGCGAAGUUCACAACUUGAUAACUGUUGGGAGGAAACGUCUUGUGUUUGCAGAGACUAAGAUGAACAGAACAUCAAGCAGGUCACACUCAGUGUUAACUCUUUGCAUCGAGCGCACCCUGAAUAAAGGAGAAGCUACACAUCAAGACUGUGUGCCAAAAGACAGACGAAGUUCACCUCCACGAAGAGACUCUAAAGAUCUACAAAAGCUUACAGGAUCACCGAAAAAGACACUAGCAGCAUCUUCUACAGAUAAAACCCAAGACGAUGAGGAGGGUGAGGAGGAGGAGGACUCCCUAACCAAGAUGGCGUUGACGGACGAUGUGCUUAUCCGAGGACGGAUUCAUCUGUGUGAUCUUGCUGGGAGUGAACGGCUCAAGAAGACCCACGCAGCAGGAGACCGACUGAGUGAGGCCCAACACAUCAACUCGUCACUACUCGAACUCGGAAAUGUCAUUCACGCCUUGGCUGAAGCGGAAGAUAAGAAAACACACGUACCGUUCAGAAAUUCCACGCUAACGAGGCUGCUUCAGGAGAGUUUAGGAGGCAACUGCAAAACAAGUCUGAUAGUGUGUGUGUCUCCGUGUAUUAGUGACGUUAGCGAAACAAAGAGUACAUUGAACUUUGGCUCUCGCGCUAUGAAGAUCACUAAUACUGCUUAUGUCAACCUUGAGGUUGAUUACAAGCGGUUAAGUGACGAUUUGUCAAAAUUGCUUGAUUCUAAAGACAAAGACAUAGAAGAUCUCAAGUCAUCCUACGAGAACCGAAUUGAUAAGAUUAAGCAAGAAGCAGAAUUACAACUAAGUACAGCUAUGGCACAGGCACAGAUUGCGCUCUCGUCUGCAAGGGGCCUGUAUGAGUCACAGGAAAGUUCUCUUCGUGAUGAUCUGUCUAAUAAAAACAUGGAACUCGCUAAAGAAAAAGAGCUAUCCACUGCGCUACAAAACCAGUUAUCCUCCCUCAGUGGGUACCUAUACGGAGGAGUGAGUCGAACUAAGGGCGCUCUCCUAGCUGAGCUAUUAUCAAUGCAGUUAUUCUAUACCGUGAAGGAUCUACCAGACGAUGAACGGAGAACAUUAGCGAAACAAUUUUCCCAAGAGCACCCCUUUGAAGGAGAUCGAUUAAUCGGAACCAAGGCAAACGUCUUGAAGAAUACGGACAAAGUGUUGAAAUUAUUCAGAUCCUAUCUUCAACUGUUGAACAAGACUGGUAAGAAUUUGAAUAACUUAGGGUUUGGUUUAGAAAUGCUUCAAGGCCAUUUGACCAAAGAAGAGUCAAGUGCUGUUGAGACGCUCAUGAAAAGAUCGAAAAGCUCAGAAUUCGUACUGGAAUGCAUUGAAGAUGAUGAGUCACUGCUUCUGGAACUCAACAAGACAGACGAUGACAAGGCGGUCGAGUCGUCAGGCGUCCAUGAUCAUGCAAAGGACGAGUUGAACGGAGAGUUGCUUUUAGGUGAAGGGUUGAUGUGUCAGGCGAAAGCGCUUAGAGACGCUCUUAUGUGCAUCAGAACUUCACUGGAUGGCGAUGCCGUCGAGUUUCUACAGAAAGCGUUUGGAGUCCACACAGGAAGCAAUGGGGGAGAUCGAAAAGCAGUGUAUAAUGCGAUGAAAGAGUUUCUUCAACAUACAGAUGAUAAUGCUGCAGGAGAGCUUCCCUGCGACAAGUCCUUGCCUGUACAAUGCGUGGAAAUGGCUCUACUCGAACAGUCUCUUUGCCAAGUGCUCGUGGACAAGGCGCUUCAGAGCUCACUAUUGCUGCUAGACUACACUGAGUCACAGCAACAAUGUGACAAGCUCGUCACGGAUAACGCAACCAUUAGCAAAGAGCUGGAGAUCAUGAAGAUCCGGGUUGACGUACUCAGCUCUGAAAACAACAAGCUCAAUUCAAAACUCUCCGAAACGUCAACCUUUCUGAAAGACGUGAAAACGAGUAAGACUCGGCUGGAGAGUGAUCUAUCAUCCAUAUUUCAGCUGUACAACAUGCGCCCCACCCAGUCCCCCACGGAAGGGGAGAGCGCUAACUCGGAGGCCGAACUGGACUUUGGGAUCUCAUCACUUGUAGAGGAGAACGCGAAGCUUAAAGUGGAACUAAAGGAUAUCAACGUGGAGAAUGAGGAGCUUCAAUCGCAGCUUGAGUUAACUAAGGAGGAGCUCACUCGAGUAGAAGCAUUGCUAGAGACGUAUCGAAAGUCCAGCAGUAUUACCUCGUCCACCCCAUCGAUUUUACAAAAAUCGCCUGGCAUAACUGUUGAGGAGGACAUGUCCCAGGUCAAGCACAUGGAGGAGGACCUAGGAAACUUUCUCUUCUAUGUCCAGGAAGAACUAGCAAAGAUAGAGAGGAAUCAGACAGCCAUCGACGAGAACUCUCAACAAAGAGAAAAAAUAUCGAAUCUUAGGGAUGUGAUGACGAAGAGAGUAAGCGAAGAGUGGAGCAUUCGAAUUACUGAGAACUGCACCUUGAAAAAACAAGUGGCCGAUCUGAUUAAAAAGCUGGAAUCGGAACGAAAAGGGUACGAACAGCAAAUUAAAGACUUAAAAGCAGAACUUGAGGCUGGAAUGCAAGCCCGCAUUGAAUUGGAGAAUGAGCUUUUGCUUUACAGUGGCCAACUUACACUCCAGGUUGAGGCGCUCAACUGCUUGAAUGAUAGACUAACGGAUACUGAAUUAGACUCGCAGGAUCUUGUUUCUGGACGUACAGCUAAUAUUGUAGAGAAAACAGAACGUACGAUCAAUGAAAACGGUGCGUCGAUACACAAGACGACAUCUAAGGAUUGCGAGGACGGUGUUGAUUGGGAAGAAGACAGAAUCAUUAGCAUCCAGAGAGCAAGAUCGGACUCGCUCAAUACUGAAUUCGAUGAUACGGUAGAAAUAAAGAAAGAUGAACUCUUACAAGCAGAGAAAGAGAAUGAUGACGCGAAAGCCGAAUUAGAGAGUUUGAAGCGGAAGUUCUUGGAACUUGGAGAAGAGCUUGCUCACUCUGGGAAAUACAGAGAAGAACUUGAGAAAAGGUUCGAAGAACUUGUGAGCGAAAAGAAUGUGCUCAGGGCGUGUCUAGAGGAGUCGAGGAAUAAGUGUGCGGGGCUGCAUGACAGCCUGGAUGCGUCGUACUCUGGACAAGAGCAGCUGGAGGCCGAAAUUGAUAGCCUUGUGAGUCAGAACGAUGUCUUGAUGUCAGAGGUUAAAAAGAUGAAGGCAUCAAGAAUUGCUACUGAAAAGGACGUUGCAACAACAAAGACGUUACUCUAUUCCGCUGAGGUCAAGAACGGUUUGAUCGAAAAAAGAUUGAAGGAAAAGUGCAAAAAGCUGGAGGAAACAGCCAAUGCCCUCAAGCGCGCACAGGAAUCCUUGAAACAGAGCAAGGAGGAGUUUAGGGAACUCCAUGACGCUUACAUAAAAAUGCAGGUAGAGCAUGAAAACGAAAGUGACCGAGAAAGCCUGGUAGAAGUUAAACUGAAUAGCCAUACUUCCGAUACACCACGCGGGCGUAUUCAGUCCAUCAGUGCUGUAAGCAGAGCGAGGGCACAAGCUCGCAAACAGUCUCCAAAGAAAAGAAGGACGUUCAAAGUGAACUCUCCAAGACACUCCGAUCGCUCUUCGCCAAACAGCCGAAACAACUCCCUCUCAAGGCGACACGGUAGUCCUGCAACUUGUCGUCGGAGCCUAAACAGCGGGCCAGACUCACAGAAGAGUAGUCUGACUCGGGUAAACGCGCUCGUAGGCGAUGACAAACUUAAACCAGCUAACGAUUGCGACGAGGACAACAAAUUGAAGAACGAGCUCAUGUUAGCAAAAGAACAGUUGGUUCGACUGAAGUCCGAGCUCACCUCCUCCAAUAUUCAGACGACGGACAUCGGGUCUCAACUGUCAUGUCUUAGAGAUGAAAGCAACAAGCUUGAAGCUGAGCUUACCAGCAUGAAGCGAGCUCCCCAGGCUGAUGAUAAAUCCACCGCAACAAUACACCUGGAAGUGGAACUCUCUGACUGGAAAGAUCAGGCUAGUUCCCUACAGAGUGAGGUGGCGCAACUGAAGAAAGAUAAAGCUGCUGCGAUGCACAAAGUAAUUGACUCGGAAGAGCAAAUGAUACAACUGAGAAGUCGCCUCUACAAGACAGAAGAUUCCCUGGUCAGGAACCAAGACACAGUAAAGCUUUUGAGCAAAGAGAAUACGGACCUGAGGGUAGAAAUAGAGCGUUUAAGGAGCAGGUUGUCUGUUUACGCCAGUGAGACUGCUAAAGAGAUCGUGGAUGGUAAUGGCGAAGGUAAAGCAAAAUGCGGUGUUGUCACGAAAACUAAGUGGGAAAGUAUGAUGGAGGAUAAGAAGAAGUUGCAAAGCGAAAUCGAGGAGCUUUCCAAGGAUAAGCUUCGUCUUCAGGACAUGCAAUCGUUGGUGCGACGGUUAGUCAGCGCUGAAGACGAGAAGAUCAAUCUAAAGCAGAAAUUGCGACUCGCAUUAGAAAACUCAAAGCUACCCCUAGAAAGUGAGGAUGCUUCUCCAAACAUUGCCAUAAAUAAAGAUACAGUUGCGCAUUCAGUAAUCACGGUUUCCGAGAAGCAAUCCGAAGAUCUUUACGUAGAAAACAUGGCCCUUCGUUGCGAAGUAGAUGCUCUAAAAAUCUACAUAAGCAACCUCGAGAAUGAGCUGAAGUCACUGAAGUUCAAGCUAUCCGUGAGUGAAACCACCAACGGUAACACAAGUAAAAAGGUUCUCGGAACUUUGCUCGCUUCUGCGAAACACGAACGCGAAGAGUUACGGGAAACCCUCAAUGAGGUGUACAGCGAGAAAGAAGACACGGAGGAAGAAUUAAACGUUGAGAGGGUUAAAUCCGCUAAGCUCCAACGGGAACUUGUCAGGGUGUGUAAGGAAAAAGAAGAGAUGGACAAAGAGUUAAAACGCUUGCAAAGCGAGGAAGGAGAGGGCAGUUUGAUAGGUGUUCUAAGAAACUUCAUGGAAUCUAUCGGUGUGGCAAAUGCAAGCGAAAGAGAUAUCAAGGAGAUGGUUGUCUCCUUGAUAGCCUCAUGCAGUCAGCAGCGCCAUCCCAAAGUAAAGCAGAGUUUGGCGAGCAAUCAGAGACAUCGAGGUCUGGAUCACAGAGAGGACUUGCCCAAGAGGGGAGCAUUAAGAAAGACUGCUGAUGCUAGGCCAAACAAGCUACAAGAAGGGCCUAGGUACUAUGAUUUUAAUAAUAAUGAUGACUAACAAUUUCCCUUAUGCCCAUAGUAUAAUAUAUUAUUACUAAUAGUUAAAUUCAAGUAACUUUUGUUAAACCCUAACAAAAUAUAAUUCAUGCUUAACAUGUAUCAAGGUAUGUCCACAUUGGAGGUGUUUAAAAAAUUAAAGUGGAACAUUUAUGAAAGUUCAUAUUAAAAGGUUUUAUAAGUACUAUAUUCAGGUCAUGGAUCAAAGACUUCAAUUCUAAAGUCAAACAUUUUCAAACAGGUUAAAAAGUAUCACACAUAAACCUCCUGUAAAGUCUCAUUUGAGUGAUCGAUCAAGUCGAAGUGCUCUUACACGGCAGAGCCCUAACUAUGAACGUGAGGUUCCUGAGGGGAUGGAGCAGACAGAGUUCAAUGGCAAGAGUUUAGCUGCACAGUCAAGCACAAAAGUAGACGAAGUUUUAAACAGUGAAAUACAUAUAAAGCGGACAUGGUCAAUCAAAGAUUUAUUUAAACGGUCAAAGGCUACUAUGCCCAUAGCUGAGCCACUAGUCAUAAACCAAUGACAUUAAAUUAUAUAAAUAGCUAUUUUGUCUAAUUUAAGAAAUAAAAUCUAUUUUUAAAUCUAUUAAAUGAAGAUUAAAAUUGGUAAUUGGAUGAUAAGUUUGAAUUAGCCUGCAGAACAGGCUCUUAAAAAGCACCCCAGAAAAGCUGCCAGAACCGCUGCACAUAGCACUCCGCCAAAAGUAGGGCGAUUUGGUCGAGUAAGCUUGGCUAUUCCAGCUCGGCUUUUCCAUCUUUCAUGCAAGUAGGGCCUGUUAAGAAGGCUUAGUUUGAAUUAGUUUUAUGGACGAAAUAGAUUGUGAAAGGGUUAAAAGAAAGGUUUUUUUAGUAAGGAUCAUCGCUGUUACAGUGCAGCCAGUAAAAUAUUAAAAAGACCAAAUAUUUUUAUUCAGAGCCAAUUCUCAGGGGUUUCUAGUUGGGUUUCCUGUUGGUUGCUCUUCCCAGCCUCUCUUGCCUCAAGGUCACCCACAGGGAUCCCAAACAGACGCCCAGGGACUAGGCUGGUUUAUUCCUACCAACCACACAUGAGUUAUUCAAACCAUUAUCAACCUGGAAAAAAAAAACAUUCUACACAUUUUCACUGAAAACACUGUUUUAUUGGCACACUGUACAAGUUAUGGGUGACUUGAAUUUGUUAGGUGGCUUAUUCAAAAGGCUGCUUUUAGUGGUUUUUAUAUGGAAUUUCAUACUCAAAUUAAAACAACAUUUUUAUAGCUAAACACAUAUCUUUAUAGUUUGCAACUGGGAUUGUUUUUAAAAGAAUGUCUUUAAAUACAUGGAGUGAUUUACAUACAACAAAGUAUAAUAUAGCAAAAGAACAAAUAAUCACAGUAUAAAAUAUACAUCAAUAAAAUUUACAUUCUUUA